AUGAGUGAAAAAGAUACCCAAUCGACAUGGAUAUGGACUCCAAAAGAGAGAAAAUGCCUCUCAAUCCUCCAAAGAAAAACCCACAGCAGAGCCACGCUCCUUCAAAUCCACGCCUUCAUGCUCCGAAACGCCCUCGAAACCAACCUUAACCUCCUCACAAAGCUCAUCGCCACCCUAUCCUCCUCUGACCCACAAUGCGGAACCCACCACGCCCGCCGCCUGUUCGGUCAAAUCCGGCUUAAAUCCAACACUUUUCUAUGCAAUACUAUGAUGAAAGCCCACCUUAAUUCUAGACAAUUUUCUGAGGCUGCUGUUUUGUAUAAUGAGUUGAGGAGGAAAGAUAGUUUUGGACCGGAUAAUUACACUUUUUCGACUCUGGCGAAAUGUUGCGGCUUGAGUUUUUCUUUAUUUGAAGGAACAGAAGUGCAUGCCCAUGUGGUGAAAUAUGGGUUUAAGUCUAAUUUGUAUGUGGCAACUGCGUUAGUGGAUAUGUAUGGGAAAUUGGGGAAAAUAGAUUUUGCGAAGAAAAUGUUUGAUGAAAUGAUUGAAAGGAGUCCGGUGUCGUGGACCGCGCUUAUUGGCGGGUAUGUGAGAAACGGAGAGAUGGGCACGGCAAAAGAGUUGUUUGAUCUAAUGCUUGAGUGUGAUAAGGACACUGCCGCGUUUAAUGUGAUGAUCGAUGGUUAUGUCAAGUUAGGGGAUAUGGAGAAGGCGAAGAGGUUGUUCGAUGAUAUGCCCGAGAGAAAUGUGGUGUCUUGGACUAGUAUGAUUGAUGGGUAUUGUAGUAAUGGCCGGACCUGUUUAAGGCCUGAAACAGAACACACAUCUUUUCAGCGAGGCCCCACCCUGAGCUGGACUGGACCUACAGGCACGUCUCAUAAGGAACCAUAG